UUUCGUUUCCAUGACAACUUAUCUCUUAGUUCUGUCUUCCGGUUUACACGGAUGAUAUCGGAUUAUAAGAUACAACUAUUUAUUCUGUUUUGUUAGUUCUAAGCAAGAUCCAAUCUGGAAAGUCCAAACCCGGAACUUGAGAGACUACAAGGCGACAUGGAGCAACAAAAGGAUAAUGGAGGUGACCUUGGAGCAUGUGGCUAUGUACUGUACGCGCUGUCAAUCAUCUUAGUGGUUUUGUUCUUUCCAUUUUCCUUAUGUUUCACGAUAAAGAUAGUCCAGGAGUAUGAAAGAGCGGUAAUCUUUAGACUGGGGCGAGUUGUAUCCGGUGGGGCCAAAGGGCCAGGAAUGUUCUUCGUUUACCCCUGCCUUGACGAGUUUAAGAAAGUAGAUUUACGUACGACAGCAUUUGAUGUUCCUCCACAAGAGAUUUUGACAAAGGAUUCUGUGACCGUAGCUGUUGAUGCUGUGGUCUACAGUAGAAUAUUCGAUCCAACCAUGUCUGUCUGUAAUGUAGAGAAUGCACAGUAUUCUACAAAGUUAUUAGCAGCUACGACCUUGAGGAACGUCCUUGGCACCAAAAACAUGUCGGAAUUGUUAUCUGAAAGAGAAACAAUUUCAGAACAAAUGCAGACCAUUUUAGAUGUGUCGACUGACCCAUGGGGUAUCAAAGUAGAAAGAGUUGAAAUUAAAGAUGUUCGUCUUCCACAACAACUACAGAGAGCAAUGGCGGCAGAAGCAGAGGCGUCAAGAGAAGCACGCGCUAAGGUUCUAGCAGCAGAAGGCGAACAGAAGGCGUCACGUGCUUUAAAAGAAGCAGCCGACAUAAUGAUGGAAUCUCCCGCGGCAAUACAACUGCGAUACCUACAGACACUUAAUUCCAUAGCCGCUGAGAAAAAUUCGACCAUUAUAUUCCCACUGCCGAUUGAUCUUCUUUCAUCAAUGGUGAAAAAAUAAUAGUUAAUAUCAUGUCACAAAAUCUCACGGGAUUUGUAUAUAAGCCCUAGUGUAUCAUAUGACGUACUGCUGUAAUCAUUGUAAUAUUUAUUAUACCAUCAGGAUUGAGAUUUGUGAAAGGUUGAAAACUAUUUGGCAAACGUCAAUUGAAAAAUAAUUAUCAGCAACAAAUUGAUUUUUAUCAAUGAUGUUUUCUUUUUAUGUACGUUUUUGGCAAUAUAUUUUGCGACAGGAUUUAUUAUGAAGAGAUUGGUCUUUGUUCAGCCUUAAAUAAUAUAUAUAUUCACUUGUUUGAUAUACUAUUGUAUGUUGAAUUGAAAAAAAAAAUGUAUGUACAUUUUUCUAAAAACGCAAAAACAAAACAAAAAAAUAGACCCACGCACUUACCGCGUAAAUUUGCAUCCCAUCCUCAUAGAAAAGAAUACUUUUUUUUUUAAAUUACUGUGUAUAUCUGACGUUCACUGUGUUGUAUUUUGUACAAAUAUGUGAUAUGAUAUUAAGCCGUUAUUGUGCUGACUCAUUUUUGAAAUAUACUCAACAGUCUCUUCUACCUCAUACUUACUUUUGUAUUUAAUUUUCGGGAUGGAUACAGCUGAUGUAGGACAAUAAGCCGGUUCCAAAUACACCUAGAAACAUUGCUGCAUGAUUUAUUACAAUUCUUUUGAUUAAAUAUUGAAACUAAAACAGUAGCUGCAACUUAGUUGUUUUUAAGGAUGUACUUAGGUGAAAUUAAAAAAAUAUUUAAUCUAAAAUGGAUACGGUAAAUCAGAAGAGCAUUAGUUAAGGAACAAAAUAAACUAAAAAUAUUGAUAAGUUAAGGAACUCCUUUUUGAGAUAUUCAAUUUUCUAAAAAUGGCGGGAAAAGGCUGACUCGGACUUUUACCUUAUAUUUGCAUUGGUUUUAUUUUGGUCUCAAAUCGUAAGAAAAGAAAUCUAGAAUUUGCUUAAAUUUUGAUAAAUUACCUAUUAUAAGCUAUUGAAGUCGUAAUGAAAAGAAAAAUUGGGGUUAUGUGGCAAACUAUUUUACCGUGUAUCGUAGGAAAAAAGCAAAGAGUCCGAACAUCUGACUAAAAUUCCUGAACCUGACCUAUAAAGUACAUCCUUCAAUGUUUACUUAAUGUGAUUACUACAACGGUCGCUAACGGUUUUAAAAAUGCAAAUAUUUUAUCAGUUGAGUUAUCAUGGUUAUAUUUCCUAGUAGUUAUUCGGACUUUUGAGAGCCUAUAUUUUUCGUCAAUUAGAAAAGAUAAGUGAUCGAUUGGUCAAUAAAUAAAGGUAAAAAAUAUUUUGCCUUUACCAAAUAUCCAAAUAAUUGGUGUUUCUACUUUAUAAAUACUCAGUUGUACUUAGUAUUAGUUAAUUAUAAUGUUGUUUGUAAUUUUAUUUUGUAUUUCAAUGAAAAUAAUAUGUUGUGCAUACAGCUGUUUUAAGGUGUCAUAGAAAUGUUCAUAUGUGCAGAAGGCUCAACAACAAAAAAACAAAACAAAUCGAAUUCAAACAAAAAAUGAAUUGUAAACUAUUCAAAAGUUAUCACAGAUAUAUAUGAACGGAUGCUGGAGGAUAGGUGUUCCCUGCACAGAUUCUAAGAUGUGGAAAUUCAUCUUCGUUCCCUUAUUUGUGAUUUUUCCGACGUUUUGGUUCCAUAGAGAUACAAAUAGUUCAUUGGAAAAACCCAUAAAACUUCAUUAUAGGGUGAUACCCUUUGUCCUCGUUUAAUUUAGUCUAAGAUAGUCUUUGUUUCAGUUUUUAUAGUGAAACAUACAAUCUUUAUCAGUAUUUAAGAAUUAUGUGUGGUCUUCCAUUUGACAACAAUUGCUUCAAUCUGAAAGCUAACAAUAGUGGGAAUAGAUUUUAUUUAAGAAAACAUCAUCAUAAGAUUUUGUAUUUUGAAAUGCUGAUAUAAUAUUUGAUAAUAAAAGCAUACAUACUCUGUAUAA